UAGAGAACCUAAAAAUAAAAUGGUAAGUGGGUGUCUUGUGCGAGGCCCAUAAAGAGUGGUUGCUGGGCCUGACCCUAGCCUUCUCUACAUUCCUUUUCCUAACGUCGGCUGGAGCAAGGGGGAGCAGGUAGGUAGAGUCGACUAUACAUCCAGCAUCGCCGCCCCUCCAGGUCCAUGGUACCAACUCUCUCUAAAGAAAUUCAUUUUUCUUCUGGUAGAAAAAAAUUGUGUUAAAAAAUGUAGUUUUCAUGAUGCUCUCCUUCGAUUAUGAUGUUUGCUUUCCGCCGUGGUGUUGUUUAUCGUGUUCUUUAGCAAUUGCUUUCUUCCAUUUAUUUCCAACUGCAAGUGGGUUGAGAAUUUUGACAUGAACUUGUUUCUUUGUAAGCGUGUUUUAAGUUGUUUUCGAUAUUUAUUUGAUAAUUAUUGGAGUUUAUGAACUUUGAAAUUAUGGGUUUGAAACAAGGCAGUUUGUUGAUCUGAUCAUACGCUGGGUUAGUCUAAUUUCUAUAUAAUUUUAGAGGGUUGAGGGUUCUAUACUCAUUUCUAUAAGGAAUUUAAAACUGGGUUUUGAACUAGUCUCCAUGAGAAGUAUUGGAAGAGUGUCAAAUCGUAAUAAACAGGCUUGUUGAGACUUGAAAAAGUUUGUAGAUGAAUCAAUGUUGUGUUGAACUGGAAGACCAUAUGGAAGCUGCAACUUAAUGCUUUAUUGAAGUUUGUGUGAAUGGUGUAGCUACAGCGUUUCCCUUUAAAUUCUUUCAAGGGUUUCAAUUCGAGAGAGUAUUAUAUGUGACUUGUAUGUCUUUCUUUGUUUUUGUGGGUUAGGAGAAACUUAGUAAGAUGGUUGUGAUCUCUUAAUGCUUCUUCUAUUGCUUAUAUUCUAAAACAGAAUUAUAGCUGUGAAAGACUAAAGGCUUGAUAAAUGGGUGGAAAUGGAUUCUGCUUGCUAAUACUCGGCUAGAUAGAGAUAGAAUGGUUUUGAUAGUGAAGAAUAAUCUAUUAUCCACACUAUCUGAUCAAGUAUUUCAGUUUGGGAGAUGUGCAGACUGUGGUUAUUCAGUUUAUCUUUCCAAUGUGAUUAUUUGAUAUAACCUCUAUAAUCUGUUUAUAGAUUUUGAGUAAUAGCUGCAGUUUCUUUUAUUAUUUUUCUUUCUCUGUUUGUUGUAUUCAUACCAUGUGACAGACUGAUGGUAUAAUCUGUGGCCCCUUGAACCUUUUUUUCUGCUUUUCUGAUAAUAUUGUUUUUCUUGGACUGGAUCCAUGUCAAUGAAUCUAUAAUGACCAA